CUAUAAUAAUAACCUUCCACCAACCCUCUCAAGAAUUAAUCAUCCUGCAACGUUCAUCUAGCAUUCAACAACAACUACUCGGCAUACAUGAUCAACCUCAUUACCAACACAAUGGCCGCCCCAAAACCAAACAUCGGAACCUUGGACCGAUAUUGCUUCCCCUCCAGGGCCCGAGGACACCGUCAGCGCCCUCCGAUGGCCUCCCAAGGCAGACCAUGUGGCCGCCUCUGCUUGGGACGGCAGAGUGUAUAUCUACGAUGCAACAAACGUCGCCGGCGGCACAGGUUCCAUCCGCCCUGUCACCGCCAUGAACAACAACCCACCCUUUUCUCGAUUGCGAUUUCAACCAGGAAGGGAACAUGAUUGCCGGUGCCUCGACCGACGGAAAAGUCCACAUCAUGGAUCUCAACGCGCCAGGUCAAACUAUGACACUUUCCGGUCACCAAGCCCCUGUGAGGACCGUCCGUUGGGUGGACCUUCCCUGCGCCGGGAAUUCGACCGGUCUGCUUGUUUCUGGGUCAUGGGACAAGACACUUCGGUUCUGGGACAAGCGGCAACCCAACCCCAUCGCCACCGUCAACCUCACCAACCGUGUAUGGGCCAUGGAUGGGUCCGGUACGACCCUCGCCGCGGGGACAGCAGACAACAAGAUCCACAUCUUCAACCUGGGAAAGAUGACACAGAGCAGUGCCAUAAGACCCACGAUGAUCAUUGAGUCGCCUCUUGUGGACCAACAAAUCAGAUGCAUAGCUGUCAAACACGGUGGUCAAUACCGGGCGGUGGGAGGUAUUGGCGGAAGGGUAACUUUUGGAGCUACCCAACCUAACCCGAUGAAGUCAGGAGUGACUUUCUCGUUCAAGUACCAUCGUGAAGUGUCGAAAGAAUCAAGCAAAGUGACGAACGUGUACGCCGUCAAUGACCUUGCCUUUGCCAAUUAUAUUGCCCAUCAAAAUGGCUCGACGGCGAGGAUCGUGAUGGCAACGGCAGGUCAGGAUGGACAGGUUAUGGUUUGGAAUGUGACUAAGAAAACUAGCCUGAUAUCGUAUCCGUCUCCCGGGGGGAGUAUCACGGCUUGUGGCUUCAACUGGGGCGCGACCAUGUUUGCGUAUGAGGUUGGGGAAUGAGGUGUGCUUAUAACACGCCGAAUUAUUCAAGAGGGUUGGCGCUGCGGAGGGUGGAUUAUUCGUGGUUUGCUUAGGAAGAGGGUGGAGGCAAAGAGUAGGGGUCAGCGCUGAUACCUUUGAGUAUAUCGUUGAUAGGUAUGGAGCGUCUUUUUCUUUUGUGUGCUUAUGGCUAGUGUUUUUAUGUGUUGGGUGGGUAUUGGUAUAAAUAGGGAUUAUGUUGCGAGGGAGAGGAAAAAUGGAAGUCUUGGGGCAGGAAAGGUGGUGUUGGUAUCAUGACAGGAAGGGAACACAACUUGUCAUUCAUUAGUUGUUCAGUAGCAACAUCGUGGUGAGCGAACAUAGCAACAGAACUGCCUUUUCAGUUUGACGUACAGUCUAUUAAUUAUAUACAAUCCCGUUCAUUACAUGAAAAGAAACAAGA